UCCCCCGGAAGCGGCGGCAGAACCCGGAAGCGGCGGCGGGCAGGAUGGACGACACGCUCUUCCAGCUGAAGUUCACUGCCAAGCAGCUGGAGAAGCUCUCCAAGAAAGCUGAGAAGGACUCCAAGGCUGAGCAGGCCAAAGUCAAAAAGGCCCUGCAGCAGAAGAACGUGGAGUGUGCCCGUGUCUAUGCUGAGAACGCCAUCCGCAAGCGCAACGAGGGGCUCAACUGGCUGCGCAUGGCGUCGCGCGUGGACGCCGUGGCCUCCAAGGUGCAGACGGCCGUCACCAUGAAGGGGGUGACGAAGAACAUGGCCCAGGUGACCAAGGCUCUGGACAAGGCCCUGAGCUCCAUGGACCUGCAGAAGGUGUCGGCGGUGAUGGAUAAAUUCGAGCAGCAAGUGCAGAACCUGGAUGUCCACACGUCGGUCAUGGAGGACUCCAUGAGCUCGGCCACCACGCUGAGCACGCCGCAGGAGCAGGUGGACAGCCUGAUCGUGCAGAUCGCCGAGGAGAACGGGCUGGAGAUCAUGGACCAGCUGAGCCAGCUUCCCGAGGGGGCCUCGGCCCUGGGGGAGAGCUCUGUGCGCUCCCAGGAGGACCAGCUGUCCCGCAGGCUGGCUGCCCUGAGGAACUGAGCUCUCCCUGGGGCUGUGGAUGGCACUGCUGGAGCAGGACCCCCUCGUGCAGCCCCCCUGCCUCUGGACUGUUCUGGGGGGUGACAGCCCUUCCCUGAGCCUGCUGUGACCCCGGUGGGAACGUGGGAAUGCUGUGCUGGAUUCUGGGGGGCUUUGUCUGGGGGUGCUGCUGCUGGCAGGGCCCCACGCCCUGUCUGAGGGGAACACUGAGGGGAUUGAUUGAUUGAUCUCCCUGCUUAGGGAUGCUGCUCCCCAACCCCUCUGGCGUUCCCUGCCCGGGCCUGAGCUGCGGGCUGAGCUCCCCAGGGGCUGCUCGGCAGGAGCAGCAGGGCCUGCAGGGGCCCCCAAUGCCGGCCGGGGCUGGGCAGCUCGGUGCCUUGCGGGAAGGGCGGUGCCAGCGGGUGUCCCCUCCCUCGCUGCCACCGGCGGGGUGUCCCCUCCCUCGCUGUCACCGUCCCCGUGCCCUGUGCUGCUCCGUGUCCCCCGGCCACAGCCCAGCCCGUACCACGAAGUGCCCUUGGGAGCGCCCUCCCUGCCCAGCCCCGUGCGUGUCGAUGCCCACGUUCCCCGGGCACUGCCAGCUGGAAAUGGUUAUCCUGGCCCUGCCUGCACGGCGAGGAGCCGUGGCCGGCGCUGGGGGCCGUGGGGGCUGCAGACACGUCCCCAAAUGUCCCCCUGCUGGGGGGUGUGGCAGGGAGUGCAGAACCAUCCCGGGACAGCUCUGCUCCAUCCCUGUGCCUCGGCCCUCUGUCCCUCGCUGCUGGCACCGGGCUGGGGCUGCUCUCUCUCCGUGUGCCCUCCCGCUGCUCACCCCUGUCCCUUGUCACCUCCCCGCGCUGCCCGAGCCAUUGUGCCCCUCCCGCGGCCCUGCUGGACGGCUGGAAGCUCUCCAGGAAGGAAGCUCCGAUUCCUUUGGGUGUCCCAGCAGGAACUGUCACCUCUGGGGGAUGUCGUGGGCCCCCUGCCCGGCACAAACACUUCCUGCUGCGCUGGUUGUUUUUCCCGACUUCAGUGGCCUUGGAGCCUGUGGCUGGGGACACGGAGCCUUCCUCUCCACCGAGGAGGAGGAGGAGGCAGCUUUGGGCUGCAGCAGAGCACUGGAUCUUGUCCCACCUCCCGAGGGGCCGGGUGGGAAGCUGGGGGACCCUGGAGGUUUGUGCCUGGCUCCCUGCAGCCCUGGGGCUCCAGACCUGCCCCUGUCCCUCUCCUGGGCUGUCUCUCUCUGUGGUUUCAUUGGUGGUUUGUUUUUUUAAGCUUGUCUUAUUUGCCUUCUUUUUGCCCAAACCGUGUCCAUGCCCUUCUGUGGGUUUAAAUAAACAAUCUCUGAACA